AAUUAUUAUUUUCGCAUUAAAAAAAGUUGCUGUAACCAUAUAUUUUGGUUUUCUUUAAAUUCAUAUAAUUUUUUUAAGUCUUAUUUAUUAAAAAUACAAGAAAUACAGAAAUUUAUAAUUUCAUUUGCCAUUUGAACUAUUCAUCAUCAGUAAAAGUGAGCUAAAAUAUGUAAAGCCAAACUUGGCAGCAUUGAAGGUAGAAGUUAUACCAGAGAAGAACUUAGAACUAUACCACAUAUCCGCAGCCGCAUGUUGUUGUUGCAGCUGCAUUAUCUCCUGCGCCAUUUCAACUCGACAACUUUGUUGUUGCUUUCAGAUGUAAACCUUUAGACAAGAAAGCUUAAAAAUUACCAAUCAAAGACAGCUUAUAAUGCUUGAAUAAUAUAUAAGAUCUUGAUUAAUUAUGUAGAUAUACAUUUUAUUUGAAAACAAAAAUUCAUUUUAUGUAUGUUUAUAAUGAAUUUCAAAACAAAAGCGUUUCGAAUAUACAAGAAUAUAAAUCUAAAAUUAUCACAUUUGGAUUUAUUAAAUACUUAACAAUUUUAAUUCGUUACUGAUUUGCUUUUUUAAAAUAAUCCAAUACAUAUUGAUUAAUAACUUAAAUAAUCUAAUUGAAUUAUUGGAUUAUCUAUUUAUUAUUUUUUUUUUAUUUGAGCAACUCAUUUGGUUUGUUUUCGACUACUGAAACUGAAACUUAUCGUUUUUAAUACAUGUUUAAAUUGAUUACAAAAUAAAUGUAUGGCUGUUAUCGAUAAACUGUACCGGCCAAAACCUCGAGGCUUUUUGUUUAGAAAAGUUGCAAAGUAUUUGUUUUAUGUGAAAAACAUUAAAAAAUGUUAACUUUAUUAAAUAGAAGGCUGAGGUUUUGCAUAAGAUACAACUUAGUUAAGAACUACGUCUUACCGACGAGUACUGACAAUACUGUAGACCCAAAGGUUAUGUACGAAUUAAAGAAACAUUUAAGGAAUCAACGGCUUAAUUUUAAAGAUGGUCCAACAUGCCUACUUAUAGAAUGUCAUUUAUGCAACAACAUGUCUGGAAGUGAAGCAUUUGUCUCUUCCUGUGCCCAAACUGUAACCUCGAGAAAAAUGUGACAGACAUUCUUCAUUUAUACGAGAAAAAUUGCAAAGGUGAUGCGAAGUGCAGAGAUGUGGAAUAUGAAAGUAAAUUUACGAACUUACAGCCAGUUUCACAAAGUGUUUGUGACAAGCUUGGAAUGAGAGGCCUUCAGUCUUCAGACUUUGUGCACUUAGGAGCACAAUAUGAACCUAAUAUAAAUUGCUUACGUUUCCCCAUAAAAAAUGUAGCUAAUAAAGUUGUUGGAGAGAAAAUUCUUUACUUGUCCGAUAGGAGAGAGGAAACAGUAGAAAAUUAUAACCACUCUGGUUUGCUAUUGUCUAAUGCUCCACACAAAUUUUCGCGAGUGGUUUUAGUGUCUAAUCUUAUGGACUUCAUCAUUUUAUCGAUCCAGCGUUUGAGUAACACAUCAAUUGCAUGUUUGCCCUAUGGUUUGAAAUCUCUUCCUCAGGAAUGCCUUCCAUGCCUUGAAAAAUUUAAAGAAGUAGUUUUUUGGUUUAAUUUCGAGACAACGGACUGGGAUGCUGCAAAGAAUUUUGCCAAGAAACUGGAAGAAAAACGUUGUUUUUUUAUUAGACCCACUGACACAGAGCCUGCUCCAUUUGAAGCUCAUAAAAAACGGUUUAAUUUACAGCAUAUUCUAAACAAAGCCACGUCAAUGUGCCACAAAUCUAUAACUACGUUCAGCGCCCUUAAAAAUGAUAUCCUCAGUGAGCUGCAAAACAUAGAAAAAGUCAAUGGAGUAAAAUGGAAACGAUAUCCCAUAUUGAAUAAAAUACUGAAAGGCCACAGAAAGGGAGAAUUAACAAUCUUAACAGGGCCUACUGGCAGUGGAAAAACAACCUUUAUGAGUGAAUACUCGUUGGACUUAGCUUUACAAGGAGUUUCAACUUUAUGGGGAUCUUUUGAGAUACGCAACUGUCGUCUAGCAGCUACAUUAUUACGUCAGUAUGUUGGUUAUUCGCUUGAGGAUAAACUUAACGAGUUUGAAUAUUGGACUAGUGAAUUUGAAAGAUAUCCCUUAUAUUUUAUGACUUUUCAUGGACAACAACCGCUUAAAUUAGUAAUGGAGGCGGUCGAACAUGCCCAGUAUAUUCAUGACAUUAGCCAUGUUAUUAUAGAUAAUCUUCAAUUUAUGAUGGGCAUGUCAAUCGCACAGAAAAGCGAUAAAUUCUGGGAACAAGAUUCGAUUAUAUCUGCCUUCCGUUCCUUUGCCACGAAGAAUAAUGUUCAUGUAACAUUAGUUAUGCAUCCGCGCAAAGAACGUGCAGACGAAGAUCUUACCACAAGUUCGGUGUUUGGAACAGCUAAAGCUACACAAGAAGCGGACAACGUCCUUAUUAUCCAAGAUAAGCGUCUAACAUCUCUUCGAGGGAAAAAAUAUUUGCAAAUUGUAAAAAAUCGAUAUAGCGGGGACUUGGGAAUUAUGCCUCUGGAAUUCGAUAAAGAAUCCCUCAGUUAUUCUACGUCAAAUAAAAAGAAGAAAACUAGUAAUUCUUAACUAAAUCUAUUAACAUUACAAAAAUUAUGUUAAGCUCUAAAUGUACAUUUUUUGUAAACAUUAAAGCGUGUAAUAUAUACAUUUGUUC